AAAAAAAAAAAAAAUUUUUUUUUUCCUUACCAAAUAAAAUAAUUUUCAAUGGUCCGGUUAACAUCGUGGUCACUGUUGACCCUUUUUGUGGUCUGGAUAACUUGUAUAAGUGCCAAUGAAGAUUCUUUGACUAAUCCUUUAGAUCAAAAAUGCUCGUUGAUGUUUGAAAAAUCGGCAAUUGUUGGAGGGAAAAAUUCCGUUAUUUCACUAAAAUUGAAUCCAGAUAAUAAAGUAACAACUGGAAAUGUCGCAGCAGUUGUAGCUGAAUGGAAAGAUUAUUAUAAAAUAGGUCAUAAAUUGGAAGAUGGGAAGGAAAUUCUCAUUUGUGAUCAAGCUGCUAUUGAUUUGAAUUUUUGUUCAAAGUCACAGGAAAAUAAUUUUAUUGUCCCCAUUAAUGAAACAACAUCCAUUGUUACUCAUUUCUUUAACCUUAAAUCAAAGGAUACAUAUACAUUUAAUUAUCCAAUUAACAAGACAGCGUUUUAUUGUGUUGCUACUAGUCCUGUUAAUAAUGAUGAUACCCAAUAUUUUGUUACGAUUGAUUGGCAAAAUCCUUAUGGAGAAUUACCUGCUUCAGAAUAUCCAAAAUUACCAUUUUAUGGAGCUUUAUCAUUAAUAUAUUUGGUAAUCGGUAUCGUAUGGAUGACUUUGAGUAUAAUUCACCGGCAUGAUAUUUUACCUGUUCAGAAUUAUAUAUCCGGAGUCAUCCUGUUUCUCAUGUUGGAGAUGGCUUUCAAUUGGGGAUAUUGGGAAAAUUAUAAUUCAUAUGGACAUUCUUCAACAUUCCUUAUUAUUGUGGUCGCUAUUCUCAAUGCUGGAAGAAAUUCCAUUUCAUUUUUUAUGCUAUUGAUUGUAUGCAUGGGCUAUGGAGUUGUAAAACCUACACUUGGAAGCACGAUGAAUAAAUGUCGUGCAUUAGCAGCUACACAUUUCUUAUUUGGCAUAAUUUAUUCAGCUGGUACAAUGCUUUUAGAUCCAGAAAAUGCGAACCCUCUUAUUUUUCUAGUCAUUUUUCCUCUUGCCCUCACAAUGACAGCAUUCUAUAUUUGGACACUUCAAUCAAUAACCAACACACUUCAAACGCUUGAAAUCCGUAAACAAACCGUGAAAUCUUUAAUGUAUAAACGAUUAUAUAGAUUACUUGUAUUUUCAGUCGCUGUUCUUGGGGUUUUCUUUUUCAUAAACAUGAUUAAUUACCUUCGUCGAGAAGAUCCUGAUUGGAUACCGACAUAUUGGCGUUGGAGAUGGUUUCUUUUAGAUGGAUGGUUAAAUAUUUUAUAUUUAAUUGUAUUUUGCGUAAUACUUAUUAUUUGGAGACCCACACGAAAUAAUAAGAGAUUUGCGAUGAGUGAGGAAUUAACACAAGAAGAUCCUUAUGAAUUAGAAAACACACUCCGAGCAGCUGAAAAUAUGGGGUAUGAUAAUGUGAAAUUCAGAUCUGAGAGCGACAGGUUACAUAAUGAUAGUGGAUCUGCUAUAUUCGAUAUUGGGGAUGAACAUGAUGAUGAUGAUGAUGAAUUUAAUAACAAAUGGGAUGAUGAAUCUACCGUAAGAGCAAGUCAUGGGGAUAGUUCUCAAUCAAGUCAUGAAGUAACUUCCCAAAGAGUAAAUAUUGAGGAAAAUCAAGAUCAUAUUGAACAAGAAAUUUCAAAAUUAAAUUAAGUGUAUACAUUUUUAUCGUGAAACAUUAAUAAUUAGAACAUUGUUAUUAUUAUUAUUAUCUUUUUUU